AGACGACACCACAUGAAAGACAUUUUCCUCUUGAUAACAUUUUAUGCAAGGGACAAUCACUUUGUUUGUUGUAGUUUGUUGACAUUCUUGGCAAGCGUCACACCUAAACCUACGCCUGGUACCUAGUAAGUACUUUUCACCGAGCCCUAACCAUUCCUGACGCUAGUGGGUGAACCGCUGUAGAGCAUCGUUUUAAAACCACACCUGGACAGGUUUGUUUUUUUUGUAGCUGGAAGAAAUGCCUUGCUCCACCCCUGCACUAUGCGGUUGAGCAAGAUCCUGAGGGUUUUUUUCGCUCUUUUUUUUUGUAUCACUGCGAAAACGUUUUCUUCCCUCUCGACACUGCUGAGGUCCCUAUUAUAACCUGAGACUUCGCUUUGAAGGCUCACUGGGACAUCUCAGCUAAGUGCGAGCGAGAGUGAGGAGUCUCUCCUGCCCUUGGUUCCGGAAAAGCAGGCAGGAAAGCCUGCGUGAGUCAGCCUCACCAUGAACUGGGCAUUCCUUCAGGGCCUCCUCAGCGGGGUCAACAAAUACUCCACGGCGUUUGGCCGCGUGUGGCUCUCCAUCGUCUUCCUCUUCCGCGUCAUGGUGUUCGUGGUGGCCGCCGAGAAGGUGUGGGGCGACGAGCAGAAGGACUUCAAGUGCAACACGGCGCAGCCGGGCUGCCACAACGUGUGCUACGACCACUUCUUCCCCGUGUCCCACGUGCGCCUGUGGGCCCUGCAGCUCAUCUUCGUCACCUGCCCCUCGCUGCUGGUGGUCAUGCACGUGACCUACCGCGAGGAGCGGGAGAAGAAGAACAAGGCGAAGCACGGCGAGAACUGCCGCCGCCUGUACGCCAACCCGGGCAAGAAGCGCGGCGGCCUGUGGUGGACCUACGUCCUGACGCUGGUGUUCAAGAUCGGCGUGGACACGGUGUUCGUGUACCUCAUCUACUACAUGUACGAGGGCUACGACUUCCCCUCGCUCGUCAAGUGCGUGGAGGCGCCGUGCCCCAACACGGUGGACUGCUACAUCGCGCGGCCCACCGAGAAGCGCAUCUUCACCCUGUUCAUGGUGGUCACCAGCAUGGUGUGCAUCCUGCUCUCCAUCUUUGAGAUCGUGUACCUGGUGGGCAAGAAGUGCCGCGAGGGCGUGGUGAAGCUGCACCAGCAGCACCGCUCGCACCAGAGCCAGCAGGCCAGGGACUUGGGCUCCUCGCUGGCGGGGGGCAAGAGCGGGAACCUGGUGGAGGCCAACACUCUGAGGCUGGUGGAGAAGGUUCUCCCCGGCACGCCUGCGCCGUCGUACAGCGUGGCCGUCGCUUCGGACGAGGUCACCCCCAGAUGAGGAGGGCUCGCCACCCGCAUGAGGAGGUCACCCCCGUCAUGAGAGGGUCACCCCCCCAUGAGGAGGUCCCCCCCGUCAUGAGAGGGUCACCCCCCCAUGAGGAGGUCCCCCCCGUCAUGAGAGGGUCACCCCCACAUGAGGAAGUCCCCCCCGUCAUGAGAGGGUCACCCCCCCAUGAGGAGGUCCCCCCCACAUGAGGAGGUCCCCCCAUAUGAGGAGGUCACACCCGCAUGAGGAGGUCCCCCUGUCAUGAGAGGGUCCCCCCCAUAUGAGGAGGUCACGCCCACAUGAGGAGGUCAACCCCCCAUGAGGAGCUGGGUGCACUGCAGGUCUUUUCUGGGACGAUGGACUCCAGGAGGGGUGGCAGUAAACACUACAGAUCAGUCUUUCUUGAGGGCGGAUGGCCCCCUUCGGUCCACUGCAAUCCACACCUCUAAACUCCUCCCUGUCCCGCCUUUUGACAAUGGCACCGGCUACUGUUGCUGUAGUGUUGUUAUGCGCAUUAGCCUCCCGAUGAAUGUUCUGGACUAUGGGAGGAUGGCGCGGUUGUAAUGUAAGCCAUCAGGGAUACAGAUUCUGCUCAUUCUUUAAAGGUUGAGUUGGUUUCAUGUUUACAGACAAGGUUCCAUAACCGUGGAAUAAAAAUACCAAGUUGGUGCGAAAGGAGAGUUGUAGGAUUCGAUCAAAAUGAAAUUUCAAUGAUUAAAAAUGUUCCUUCCUAUAAAUGCAA